AUGCAAUCAAGGCCAAGGAUUCAAAUAGGAAUAUCCUGCACACAUAUCCCUUACAUCGAUGCUGGAACAUAUGCAAAGUUGUCCGUUACUCAUGGUGAGGGACUACAUGAAAAACAUGUAACGGAAACAGAAGUACUUUACGAAAGCAGUUAUCCGGUUUUUACCACCAGACUGAAUGUAGAAUAUUACUUCGAAGAAAAGCAAAUCAUCACUGUGGAUAUAUUGCAUUGUAAACGAGAGGAUAGAGAGGACUCAAUAAGGCUCGGCUACGUUACCAGUACCAUUGGAAGAGUUGUACACUGCGGCGGGCAACUCGAACUACCUUUGACAUUCGACGAAAGCCAAGAAAAAUAUAUUGAAGUCUUGGCUCCAGAAAACAUAACUACAGUAAUACUAUGCAUCAGAGAGGAUCCCUACUCGAAGGAAAACAUAUAUUUGAAAAUGCAGGGGCACAGUUUGGAUAAAAAGGAUCUGUUUGGCAAAUCAGAUCCGUACGUUAUCAUCUAUCGGCGAAACGAGCGUGGACGACUUCAGAGAACGUAUCGAAGUGAGGUCAUCAAGAACACACUGUUUCCAGACUUCAGACCGAUACUUGUUUGUCUAGACCGACUGUGCGGCGGCAAUAUCGAUUGCAACUUAUGUUUUCGCUGCUUUGACUGGGAUGGAGCUGUGGGAGACUCAGAAGAAGUGGAUACAGAACUUGAUGAUCUGAUUGGAGAAUUUACCACUACGAUUAGGGAGCUGCUGAAAGCUGGUGAUAACGGAAUUGAUUAUCAGCUUAUCAACCAUGCAAAGAAGAAGCGAAAAAGAUACUACCAGAAUUCUGGACAGCUCAAUGUUCGUUUAUUCUUCGCUCAGUCAAAAUACUCCUUCCUGGAUUAUAUUUUUGGAGGCACCAGUAUCAAUGUCGUAGUUGGUGUGGAUCUGUCAAAUCACACAAUGGUGGGUCAAAUGCCUGCAGAUCGACACGUUGAACUGGCUCGCUCGUGUAAUGAAUAUGGGGUUGCAAUUCAAGCAGUUAUGGAAAUACUUCAGGAAUACGACAGCGACCAAUUGUUUCCUGCUUAUGGAUUUGGAUCAAGAUUGUCAACGGGAGGCAAAAUAUGCCACAAAUAUCCCUUGAGUGGCGACAGCGAAACUUAUUUUUGCAAGGGUAUGGAUGGAGUGUUGGAGGCCUACCGACGUAGUUUUGACGCAGUACACCUCAGUGGGCCUGUGUGUUUCAGUCCCAUCAUUCGAGACGUCAGCGAAUCUGCCAAACAAAGCAACGGUUCAGAAAACUAUUACGUUUUACUAAUACUCACCAAUGGAACCGUUGAUGAUUGGGUAGAGACAAAGAAAGCAGUGAUUGAAACAUCCUUCCUUCCAAUUUCAAUCAUCGUAAUCGGCGUUGGACCGGGAAGAUUUUCGGAUAUGGAAAUAUUGGAUCAAGACUUUGGUUUACUCAAAGUUGGUCAAGAUCAAGCUUGCAGAGAUAAUGUACAGUUUGUAGAAAUGCGGCGAUUUCUUCGCAUGGCAGCAGAUGGUACCGAAAGUCUACGAUGGGGUAAAGUCGGUUUGGCCAAGGAGGUGCUUGCUGAACUCCCAACUCAGAUUAUGCAGUAUUUUCAAAUAAAUCAUCUCACUCCAUGUCACAACGUGCCAGGACAGCCGGAAACAUUGCAGGAUUUGUGUGAUCCCAUCUGGUGGGGGGAGUUUACCCUACCUGCUCAAUUUGACAAACACCUGUCAGGUAAAAAGCACGCUGGCUCGGAGGAUUCCUCCCCAGCUUCCUCAAAUUCGAAAGUCGCAAACAAACGAGGCUCAUUACAAGAACCCUUGAUCGCAGUGGAUCUGUCGGCCUUCCAAACAUGCAUGACUGCGUCUUCUCAAAGGCCAAGCAUAGAGUCUUCAUCAACAGAGCUUUGUGAAGGCGAUAGUAAACCGUUAGUGUCGCCGAAACCUUUGCGUUCAACCAGAAUUCAACCGCCUAACCGAACAUCUGCCAUGCUUCAAAGUAGGCAGGAUUCAGAGAAAUCUGGGGAAAACGCCGAUGGUAGUUCAGUAAACCCUGAAUUUCCCCGGGUGAGGCGACACGUGUCUAUAGGCCCAUCAGUUUAUGAUCAGAUGCCCAGUACCUAUCGUUCCCCCACUGUGCUAGUUUCGAAAAAGCCAAAACCUGGAACAAGUUUGAGCAAAUAAAAUUUCUCCAGUCUGUACAAAAUUCAAGCAACACGCACCGUCCCAACAUCAGGAAGAGUGGGAAUAGCGCAUUCGAACGAUAACAUUUGCACACAUACAUCAUCCACUGCAAUAAACUUUGAU